AUGGUGUGUUGCGGUGUGACGGGCCAGACUGGUAUGUCCGAGCAGUCCGUCGAGCAGAAUGUCCAAAAGGCCUUGCAGGCUGUCGUGGAGAUGGACGGGGAUCUCAAGAAGGAUUUGAAGAAAGUUAAGGAGGGGAUUAAGAUAGGAAUAGACCAUGUGAUUAAGACGUUGCAAGUUAAUGAGUUGGAUGAGAAAGUGAAGAAUGAUUUGGAGAGUUUAAGGGGAAAGAUUGAGGGGCUUAACAACGGUGAUGAGCUUGCGGACGGUCCGUUGAAAGCUCUUGCAGCGCAGAAGAAAAUCCUGGAUGAAGGUGCUGUAAAGUCUAUUAAGGAUGAGGUAGAGACUAAGCUUGAAAGUAAGUUUAAUCCGCAUAUCCAAGGACCGCUUAGCCAGGCGGUCGGUGCAGUUGACUCGGCGAUUGAGAAGCUUGGCCAACAGUUUAGUUUAAAAGGCGAUCCAAAGAAACUUAAAGGUAUUUUUAAGUAUAUUAAAGAAAGGGUUGGGGAGAUUAAGGGGAAUAAGGGAAGUGGAGAUUGGCAAAAUACAGGUGGCUCAGGCCUGGAUGGGAUUAAGUCCAAGGUGGAAGAUUAUUUCAAUGCGUUCGGCAGGGGGAAAUUUGAAGGGAUAGUGAAGGGAUGGUUAGAUGACAUGGUGGAUCAUAACGGCGUAGUGCAGCGGAUACUUAUGGCGCUUGGGUGGCACAAAAACGAGUUCAAUCUGAAAUCGCAGAAUGUGGACAAAAGCCUCACGUGGAAUAUUAGGGAGACGCUUGGUAAACAAAUUCCGAGUGACGGCGCAUCGUUAAGUGUCACCGCUGACAUUACACAAAAAAUCACGAAAGUCAAAGAGGCCUGUCAAACGUUUGCGGGCGCGCUGGAUAAAGAGCUGAAGAAUCCGGCAAAUGAUAUAGUCGAGCAGGUUAAGGCAGUGAGGGAGCUGAUGAAACGCGGCGGCCAAAACCCCAAAUGCAUCUGCGAGUGCGGUUGUUAUGACUACGGCUACAGCGACAAAAAAGAGGCGUGUGCCAAGAAAGCCGCCGCCGAAUUGAUCCUCUGCGCCCUGUCAUCCGUGGCCCGACAGGUGGGCAACGAACUGAAUUCAGUGUUUCUCAACGACGGAAGUGAAGGAAGCCUCGCAUCCAUCCUGGACAAAAUCACGCCGAUUGCCACUGAUCUCAAUAAUAAGCUUACCCAGGCGACUGAAAAUUCCGACACACAAGGCGUCGCUGCCGCCAUCCCCAAACCGGGCACCGCCCAAGCCGUGGACACUGCGAUCGGCAAUGUGAAGACUUUUGUGACAAGUGAUCUUGAGAGCAAGUUUACUAACCAAGUCAAACAACCACUUGCCGAAGCGGUCUUAAAACUUCCCGGCGCCGUUCAGCAGUUCGACAGUGAAGCUCAAGAGCAGAUCAAGCAAGCGGCCAAGACGGCGAUUGAGAAGGCGGCUGAGGAAAUAAAGCAGGACAACAAAGGUCAAAUAGAAUUCCGUGGAGAUUUCAUGAACACGUUCGACGAGGCCCACAAGAAGAUCCGAGAUGAACUCGACAGAGACCUCAAACAAAAAGUUGAUGAGCACAUUGGGCAGGACGAUCUGACAGGUGGGCAAAGUGGUCAAGGUUUUCAAAAAGUUGAACUUAAUACAGAUCAUUUUGAUAAAUAUAACACACACGUUGAUCAACAAAAGAUUAAAGCGCUUAAUGGCGGUAAAACUCUACAAGGCACUAAAGACGCAAACGAAGGCUCUCUUCCACUGGCGAUCGGUAACAUCAAGACUCAGGGUCUGGAUGCGCUUGAAAAGCAUAUCGGUGAUAAACCCACAGAAAAGAUAGACGAUGAUACCUUCACCGUUCCGUUCGAGACAAUUAAGACACAGCUUGAGGAGAUCAAAACAUUGGUUGAUGGGGAAAGCGAUGAUGACGAUCAAAAAGGCGUCAUGACAUUGUUGAAUAAGCUUAAAAGCGCGCUUGAUUCAGGAAUGCUGGAGAGAGCUGAAAAGGGCCUUGACGCAAUCAAGCAGGCGAUUCACGCUCUGCAACAAGAUCAGUUCACCAAGCAACCCGCUGCAAUCGAGGAAGCCGUCCAAGAAAUUAGGAAGGAGCUUGGAGAGCUUAGACAGAAGUUGAAGAAUAAUAGUAAAGACGAUGUAAUUGAACGGUUGACAGAUUUAAAUACUGCGGGUCUUGGUGAUGGAGAUUGGAAUGGUAAGAAAACUUCCGGUGGUCAAAAUGCCAGUGGCCUUGGGAAAAUCGAGAGUGAGCUUCAAGAGCAGAAUGAUGCUUUAAAGAAGCACAGUGAUGAAAUAGGCAAUGCAGUUGCCGACGUCGCGUCGGAGUUCGGAAUGAUCGGAAUCAAGUUCCAAAAUAUUUUCAGUAGAAAUGAUAUCCUUGACAAGUUGAAGGCUUUGAAAGAUCAAAUUGGUGAAGGAAAAAAAUCUGGGCUUGAGGCAAUUAAAAAUGCAAUUCAACAACUGCAACAAAAUCCGUUUAAAACACAUCCCACUACAAUCGGAGAUGCCAAGCAACAAAUUGUAAAUGAACUCACUACCCUUCAAGGUGUGUUGCAAGGCGCCAAGUACAACGAUGUCAUCAAGACUCUGGAAGAUUUGAAGGGCGAUGGACUAAGUGAUAAGGAGUGGAAUCACGGAGAGAAUAAAAAAGGCCUCGCAAAAAUCACUAGUGAACUUCAGCAUCAACAAAAAAUGUUGAAUGACCAACCCACUGAAAUUCAGACUGGCGUCACCCAAAUCACCGGUGACCUUAACACUCUGAGAGGGACGUUAAAUGAACAUGUCACCGAUAAGCUGCAGAAGCUGAAACAGCAUGGCCUUGAAAAAGGAGAACAACCAUGGAAUGAUAGUGAUUUCAAAACAGGCCUCACUAAAAUCACCUCAGACAUCGAGACCAUAAAAACCAGGGACGUUAAGGACGUGAAGGACAAACUCAAGGAGCUGUGCACGGCGAUAAGGACGGAAGCAAACGAGUUAAUGAGGGACUUAAAGCGUCUGAAAGGUGACGGCCUUGAUGAGUUGAGGAACAUUUACAGUGACCUUUACGAUUUGUACUUUGGCCCGCUGAACAAUGUCAUUCAAUCACUCAAGGCCUUUGAAAAAUACGCUGUAUUGGCCGCUUGCUUGAUCUGCUUCUGA